UGCGCAGUGGGGGGCUUCGGGGGCGGGGCAGGUUUUAUAUCGGAGGACGAUCAGCUGACGCCCUGCAUUGCAGAGUGCGGAGUCAGCCGGCGCCAUGUACGCUCUCUUCCUCCUGGCUAGCUUCCUGGGUGCGGCUCUAGCCAGCCCUGUCCUGGGCCUGAAAGAAUGCACCAGAGGCUCAGCCGUGUGGUGUCAGAAUGUGAAGACGGCGGCUGACUGUGGGGCCAUCAAGCACUGCCUGCAGACCGUCUGGAACAAGCCAACGGUGAAAUCCCUUCCUUGUGACAUUUGUAAAGACGUCAUCACUGCAGCUGGAGACAUGUUGAAAGACAAUGCCACUGAGCAAGAGAUCCUCGUGUACUUGGAGAGGACCUGUGACUGGCUUCCUAAGCCAAACAUGUCUGCCUUGUGCAAGGAGAUAGUCGACUCCUACCUCCCCGUCAUCCUGGACAUGAUUAAAGGACAAAUGAGCCGUCCUGGGGAGGUGUGCUCUGCUCUCAAUCUCUGCGAGUCUCUUCAGAAACAUCUGGCAGAGCUGAAUCACCAGAAACAGCUUGAGUCCAAUAAGAUCCCGGAACUGGACAUGGCUGAGGUGGUGGCUCCCUUCAUGGCCAAUAUCCCCCUCCUCCUCUACCCUCAGGAUGGCCCCCACAGCGAGCCCCAGCCAAAGGCUGGCGGGGAUGUUUGCCAGGACUGCAUUCAGAUGGUGACUGACAUCCAGAAUGCUGUAAGGACCAACUCCACCUUUGUUGAGGCCUUGGUGGACCAUGCCAAGGAGCAGUGUGACCGCCUGGGGCCUGGCAUAGCCGACUUGUGCAAGAACUAUAUCAACCAGUAUUCUGAAAUUGCCGUCCAAAUGAUGAUGCAUAUGCAGGAUCAGCAACCCAAGGAGAUUUGUGGACUGGUUGGGUUCUGUGACGAGGUGAAGGAGAUGCCCCUGCAGACUCUGAUCCCUGGCAAAGUGGUCUCGGAGAACGUCAUCCCUGCCCUGGAACUGGUGGAGCCCAUUAAGAAGGACCUGGUCCAGGCGAAGGCAGAUGUUUACUGCGAGGUGUGUGAGUUACUGGUGAAGGAGGUGGUCAAGCUGAUCGACAACAGGACCGAGGAAGAAAUACUUCGCACUUUGGAUAAAGUUUGCUCAAAAUUGCCCAAAUCCUUAUCUGAGGAGUGCCAAGAGGUGGUGGACACUUACGGCAGCUCCAUCCUGUCACUCCUCUUGCAGGAGGCGAGCCCUGAAUUAGUGUGCAGAUUGAUCCAUCUCUGCUCCCCCCAGGAGCUGCCUGCACUGACUGCACACGUGGCUCAGCUGAAGGACGGUGGCUUCUGUGAGGUGUGCAAGAGGCUGGUUAGCUAUUUGGACCGCAACCUGGAGAAAAACAGCACAAAGGAGCAGAUCCUGGCUGCUCUUGAGAAAGGCUGCAGCUUCCUGCCUGAGCCAUACCAGAAGCAGUGUGAUCAGUUUGUGACUGAGUACGAGCCCGUGCUGGUGGAAAUCCUGGUGGAGGUGAUGGAGCCGUCCUUCGUGUGCUUGAAAAUUGGAGCCUGCCCCACAGCCCAUAAGCCUCUUUUGGGAACUGAGAAGUGUGUCUGGGGCCCAAGCUACUGGUGCCAGAACAUGGAGUCAGCAACCCAGUGUAAUGCUGUCGAGCAUUGCAAACGUCACGUGUGGAACUAGAAGGAAUGUUCCAUCUUGGAGAAACUGCAGCAUCUUUUCCUACUUGUGUGUCUGGGGGAACGAACACAGCUCUGUUGACUUUGUUAUAAAAAUAGGACCCCCUUUCCCUCACUCCAUUUAUCAUCUCCCUUAUUGUAGCAUUGCUGUCAGCGCAGGAGGCACCAGGCCUGCUGCUGACAUAGCUGCCUCAGUGUCCCUUUUCUCUGCUAGACAGAUGAUGACAUACUGUGUACUGGAGGUCUGUCAGUCUGCUCUUGCAUGGUGGUUACCUGGAGGAGGAGAGGGGGCUCUGGCUGCUGGCAUGAGCCAGAGCUGCUUGACAGAGGCCGUCCAUCCUCUUGGCUGGGGCCUUGUUCGGAGGCCUCCACCUACCCUAAGGAGGGCCCUCUCCUUCCUGGGCCUGUUGGCUGCUGUACAAAGAAGCAAAACAAAGGCUGUUUUAUAUGAAAGAUUAGAGGCUCAGAACAUUCAGGAUUUUUAAGCAGCAUAGUUCUCACUGUAGUAGAGGUUUUGGAAGCAGCUACUCAGGAGACCUGGGUGGGGCUGGGGUUCUCUGUCCCUGGGUCAGCCUUUGAUUCCGCUUUCCUGUGUCUUUCCUGCUGCCUCCUCAUUGGGGUUGUGUGGGUGUGGGGAGGAGGGGGCAGUCUGCCUGACUGUAACCUGCUGGCACUCUGUGGAGGUCCUGUGGGCCUGGCUUGUGUGUGAGCGUUUGGGACAGCGGUGACCACCUCAUGCUUGCUCUUGUGUCCACCUGGCUGCUGAGGCCCUGCUGUGUCUCUGCGCUGCUGCCCACCAUUGCUCUGGGCAGUCAGUCCCCUCCCCUCUGACCCUCGUUUCGUAGAUGUUCUUUUUGACCUUUAGUAAAUGUGGAUGACACGUCAUGAGCCCCUGGCUACCGGGUGGCGGGCCUGCUCUCUGGGGACCGUGGCUGCCACUCUGCUGCUUCUCCUGUUUGGCUCCAUCUUCUGUUCCACUUCUGGUUGCCAGGAAACAACGAGACGCAGUUGCUGUAAGACUUAAUGAUUUUGUUUGUUUUGCACUAAAGUUUCUGUGAUUUAACAAUAAAAUCUGUCAUCCAGA